GACGGUCACACGCAGCGACGCUUAAGGACUCGCGAGCACGCCAUCGACGACGAGGAAGAGAGGGUCUUGGAUGUAAAAAGCGCCUUGUCGAAGUUCGCUGGCAAAAUGUCCAAACAUCCGAAAAACGAAGAGGAAGUUUUCCAGCGCUUCGUCCAAUUGGGACUUCUCAAUGAAAAAUCCAAUCUAUUCGAGAGUCCGCUGUUCCAGAAUUGGGCUAGCUCAGUUGCAAAAGGGUUCAAAACGAACUCUACCGGGGCCGAAAGGGCCAUUGCUGCGGCAUUGAUGAGGGUGCGCAGCGACAACGACGCGAAUCUGACCACGAUGUUUAUUGGGGCAGAGAAGAGCGCGGACACGAAGGACCUCGCAGUGAAAUUGGAGCAAGCUCAUAUGUCGGAUUGGCUCCGUAACGAACGGUCUGCAGAUGAAGUUUUCAAGCUUUUGAAGUUGGACGAUGAUGUGGAUAACGUUCUGAGUAACCCCUUGCUGGGUAGCUGGAUGGCUUACGUUGAGAAGUUAGAUGGAGAUCCGUACAUGCUCUUGCUUGAGAAACUCAAGACGUCCGAGCUCACAAACACAGCCAAUAAGCUCGUUAUGAUGCUUAAAGAAGCGAAGGAAAACCCCGUUACACGCGCCGUUGCUACUAAAUUGGAGGCAGCACAGCUCGACAAGUGGCAAAAGGAGGGGGAAACCGCGGCUAGUGUGUUCAAGCUGUUGGACCUGGACCAGCAUAAAUUCUUGUUCUUAGACUAUUCCGAUGUGCGGGCCUGGGUGACCUACGUCAUGAAGCUGGAUCCACUAAAGUCGGACGACACGAUAUUAUCUGUGUUGACGUCACACCAUAGCGAGCCCAAUUUAUGUCACAAGCAUGGAGCGAUGCCCCCGACAUGGCAGCAAAGUUUGAAACAAUCCUUUUCAACAAGUGGCUCCUCGAGAAGAAAACGGCGGAUGACGUCUUCAACUUCUCGCUGA